UGAUAAUUACACUUGGGCCACAAUUAUUCCCUAGUGACAUACGGGAAUUGGGCUUACAUACUGUGGCUAAACUAUACCACCUAAACACAUCCAUCGACAUGGAAGGUGAUGAUUGGGGGAAAAAAGGGCUCGAUCGCCAUUUUCACCUACCACCACAGACACAGAGAGACAGAGUCCAUUACCAACUCCCCAUUUUUGCUUGUAUGUCAACCUUCUCACGAACCGCCAAGCAAUCAUCUCUCUUUAUUCUUUUCCUUUUUCUCUAUAAAAUCCAAUUCCUCCACUUCCCAAUCUUCUGCCAUUCCAACUCCAUUUCCCACUUCCUCCCUUCUUCUUCUUCUACUCUCUGUUUUUAAUCCAUUAGCCGUAAUUUCUCGGCAAUCUGCGGAGAUGGGUAGCAUUGAUAAGGAGAGAACAAUCGUGGGUUUGGCUGCAACCGACCCUUCCGGCCAUCUUUCUCCUUACACCUUCACUCUCAGGAACACUGGCCCAGAAGAUGUGUUUAUCAAGGUGAUGUGCUGCGGAGUCUGCCACACAGACAUCCACCAAGUGAAGAAUGACCUCGGCAUGUCUCGCUACCCCAUGGUUCCUGGCCAUGAAGUGAUCGGCGAGGUGGUGGAGGUGGGAUCUGAAGUCACCAAGUUCAGUGCAGGGGACGUCGUCGGCGUCGGGUGUCUCGUCGGUUGCUGCCGGAGCUGCAUGGCUUGCGACUCCGACAUCGAGCAGUACUGCAACAAGAAGAUCUGGUCCUACAACGAUGUCCACACCGACGGGAAGCCCACCCAAGGCGGCUUCGCCGAGUCCAUGGUAGUCGACCAGAAAUUUGUGGUGAAGAUCCCUGACGGGAUGUCCCCGGAGCAAGCCGCGCCGCUGCUGUGCGCUGGAGUCACAGUCUACAGCCCGCUGAACCACUUCGGGCUGAAGAAACCCGGGCUGAGAGGUGGGAUAUUGGGGCUGGGAGGAGUCGGCCACAUGGGAGUGAAAAUCGCCAAGGCGAUGGGUCAUCAUAUCACUGUAAUUAGCUCCUCCGACAAGAAGAGAGUGGAGGCGUUGGAUCAUCUUGGAGCUGAUGACUAUUUGGUCAGCUCUGAUGCUGCCAAGAUGCAGGAAGUUGCUGAUUCCCUCGACUACAUCAUCGAUACCGUGCCUGUAAACCACCCGCUCGAGCCCUACCUUUCCUUGUUGAAGGUUGACGGGAAAUUGAUCUUGAUGGGUGUCAUCAACACCCCGCUUCAGUUCAUCUCUCCCAUGGUCAUGCUAGGGAGGAAGGUGAUAACGGGGAGCUUCAUAGGCAGCAUGAAGGAAACAGAGGAGAUGUUGGAUUUCUGCAAAGAGAAAGGGUUGAGCUCCAUGAUUGAGGUGGUGAAUAUGGACUACGUGAACACAGCCUUGGAGCGGCUGGAGAAGAAUGAUGUGAGGUAUAGGUUCGUCGUUGAUGUCGCCGGAAGCAAGCUUCUCCAGCAGUGAAGAGAUGGAGAGAGAGAGAGAGAGAGAGAGAGAGAAGAGUCCCAAGGAACUCACUGACCCACUAAGAAGAAUCGUCAAUUAAUUACAUAUUGUAUUGUCUUUGUUUCUAUCUUUUAUCUAUCUUGUGAUCUGGCCUGGUGUGAUGGUGGAAGCAAUAUUGGCUUGGAGUGGUGAUCAAAUAAAGAAUGAAAAUUUCCAAUGGCGUUGAGAUUCUGGAUUCUACUGAGAUGGGAACUGGUUUAUUUGCAUAUCCAGAAUGAAGGACUGUAAAAUCGGUUCAAAAGUUGUAUACAGAUAAUGUAUUUUGUGUUCAAAUUAUGAUUUAAUCAUGGUUCAACUAUUUUAUGUCGGCAAAAAUCGCGCUGAUACGGUAUGCUUUCAUUACUAUUGGUAUUAUGGUAUAUGUUUGUUUAAGGAUAGUGGGUGUUUGGUGUGUGACAGUGAAAUGGUGCCAACUUUGUGGGCAAAUGGUCAUUUGGUAGACAGAG